AUGACCACCGACCCUGGCGGCAUACAGGCGCUCCUGGCCAAGCUGCGCGCACUGCAAGAUCGGCCGCCCGAGCCUACCUCCCAGCGCCCGACGCAUGCACGUCCAUGGGCCGCACCUGCUCGCACUCUGCAUGCAUUGCCCUUCAACGAGGCUGUCGAGCAUAUCGAAGGGCUUCUCCGUGAUCCAACUUUCGUGCAAGCAUUACGGGAGCUACAAGCACAGCAGGAUGCUUUGGAGGCUGAGCUUGAUCGCGAGAGACGGGCUCUGAUUGGCACGCACGGCGAGCACUUGCGUGGCUCGUCGGGCGCUCGGACCCAGGCUUCAUAUGCGCACUGGACGUGGGAUGCGCUCAAGCGCUGGGAUGCACACAGGCACGCUCAGCAGCGCCGCCUGGAGGAAAUGCGAGUGCCUUGCUUUUACGACACAAACGACCCUGACGCCUUGCGGCAGCAGCAGCGCUUGUUGCCCCUGCUCCUGUCCGCCUAUCAUCACGUGUAA